CUUCCGGCGGCUGCAGCGGAAACCCUUGGCUUCUCUCGGUCUCGUGCUGUGCGGGAAGGACCGUGUGUGCACACGCGGGUCUCCUAGUUCUGGUGUCCUGCUGUUCCGCCCCUCUGGGUAUCUCCGGGCUUCUCUCUGUCCGUACUCUGAUGUUGGGUAGACUCGCCGGCUUUCCAGGUUGUGGAACGUGUGCGCUAAAAACUACAGGCGAGAGGAAGCUGUGAUGUAGAAGUCCUAAGUACUGCACUACCGGAAGCCGAAGCCGCGGUAACCAAAACGGUCUCCAGUAUCGCGCUUUAAAGUGGUUCCUCACAUUUCUUCAAAAUGAAUGUGACUGUUCGUUUCUUAAGACCUUUUGCCAGAUGUCUGGUGCCAUAUACCUUCCAUAGGACGAGAAGUAAUUCAUAUUCAAGAGUUCUGCAGAGAUAUGUGUCUUCCAAAGUACCUUCUCUGCCCUGUCAUAAUAAGGACAGUACAUCCCCUCCUGAGCAGCUAGAAUUGGAUGGGUGGAAAACUACAAUGAAAUCUAGCAUUCAAGAAAAUGGUGUUUCAGUGGUCUCCGACAAAGAUGGAGACUCUCUGGCUGCAACCAGAGAGCUAAUUGAGAUGUGGAGAUUGCUUGGCAAAGAAGUACCAGAACACAUCACUGAAGAGGAGCUCAAAACCCUUAUGGAAUGUGCUUCUAAGUCAGCCAAAAAGAAAUACUUAAGGUAUUUGUAUGGUAAGGAAACGAUGAAAAAAGCUAAGCAAAUGAAGAAGGAAAUGAAAGCAGCAGCCAGGGAAGAAGCAAAAAGGGCCAGGUCGCUAGAGCCUAGCACGGGAGAGGAACAGCGGGACUUCAUGUUUCUCCGACUCUGGGACCGACAGACCAACAUCGCACUGGGCUGGAAGGGUGUCCAGGCCAUGCAGUUUGGACAACCUUUGGUUUUUGACAUGGCUUAUGAUAAUUACAUGAAGCCAAUUGAACUGCAGAAUACAGUUUCUCAACUUUUAGAAAGUGAAGGCUGGAACAGAAGGAAUGUUGAUCCUUUCCACAUUUAUUUCUGCAAUCUUGAGGUAGAUGGUGCUUACCAUAGAGAGCUAGUUAAACGGUAUGGAGAAAAAUGGGACAAGUUGCUCUUAACAGCCACAGAAAAGUCUCCUGUCGAUUUAUUUCCAAAGGACAGUAUUAUAUAUUUAACUGCAGAUUCUCCCAAUGUUAUGACUACCUUCAAGCAUGAUAAAAUUUAUAUAAUUGGAUCAUUUGUUGAUAAAAAUACACAGACAGGAACAUCCUUAGCCAAGGCUAAACGGCAAAAUCUAGCAACAGAAUGCCUUCCACUAGAUAAAUAUUUACAAUGGGAUGUUGGUAACAAAAACCUCACCUUAGAUCAAAUGAUCCGAAUUCUGCUCUGCCUGAAAAACACUGGUAACUGGGAAGAGGCUCUCAAGUUUGUUCCCAGGAGAAAGCACACUGGCUAUUUAGAGGUUUCUGAGCAUUCGCAGGAAGCUUUUAGGAAACAGAAGAAGACAAAGACUUUAAAUUCGUUUCGAAAGGGCUCCUUAAAUGUACGCAUGUCGAAAAGGUGACCUAAGUGUGAAAGUAAUAAGCAGGCUGGAAGUACGGUUAAAAGAAUGUAUUUCUUUCGAGACUGACAGUAGAGGUUUGCCUUUUUGUUGUUUGCUUUUUUAAGACAGGAUUUCUCUGUAGCCUUGUCUGUACUGCAACAAGGCCAGACUAGGUGUAGGUAUCAGCAAAAGUUUGGAAGUUUGUUGUUUUAUUUGUUGUAAAAACAAUCAGAAGUUUAUAGAUUAAUCUAGAAUUGAACAUAAUAAAAGUUACUAGCAUUUUUUUUAAAUCAA